GAGCGGGGCAGUGAACGCACCACGCCUGUCUGCUCUCUAGUUACAGUAUGGCGGCCCGGACUUGCGGAGGAGGACAACUUCUCCCCAGAAAACUGUAGCAAGGCGACGGGUUGAAUUCCCGAACCGCCUCGGUGACACACGACCGGGAGAUAGACGACGACGACGGCUCGACGUGGGGCCCGUACCAAGCUUUUUUCUUUCUCUCUUUCUCCCCCCCUCCCUGGAUGAUUGUCGCGGCUGCUGUGAUGCGUUUGGAGCCGCAGCCGAGAAACUCCCCUGAUUUUUCCGCGUCUGCUGCCUCCCCCCCCCCCCCCCCCGACUGUCAGUUAGCCGGCUAGCCGCACGCUAACUCACCCGCUCCAUGCUAACGGUCGUAGUAGCCCCCCAAAAAACCCCCACGGGGCUAGCGUGAGCGUUUCACCCGCUCCGGGAGACAGGGAUGGCAUUGCGCAUCCGGUCGGCAAGCGAACCGGUCGACACGGGAGAGGGAGAAACCAUUCGAGGACCUGGGCGAUAAGUUUGUCAGCACUCAUUAGCCUAGCAUAGCCUAGCUCGCCUGGUACAACGCCAGAUAUCUGUUGGCCGACGGCUAGCGCUUCGCCCGUCCACUAGCGGGCUAGCCAAUUAGCAUUUUUAAGUGGCACAGGAAGACCCGCUAAUCCCCGGGCCGGGGUUCAGCCAGUGUUUCCAGUCGUGGUGUUUGAAACUCGUGGUUGUUUUGACUGUUGAAGUCCCUGCUAGGUGCGCGUUAGCCAUCUUCUAGGUGUUCUCAGGAGGGAGUGGUAACGCUGGGUAGCUAGCUAAGAUCCCCUGUAUCAGGGCAGCAUUGUCAGCCGGGUCAUGGCAGCCUGUGAACGACGAAGACUUCCACAGAUGACACUUUACUGAGCUCACCGGGGCGUGUGAGCUUCUUGUUAGCUUGCUGCAAGACGAGACUCGACACAGUUGGAAAGCGCGCAAUAAUCUGCUCUACUGCUACUGACAGACAUCAGGUAUAGUUUAUUGCACUGAUUGGGCUUUUAAUCGAUAGUGUCAUUGGUCGGUUGGAAGCUGCAUCUGCCCCCGGAGGGACUGAAGCUCGAGUCUGUGUGGCGGCCCACCGGCUUCCUUCUCCUGCCCCAGUGCUGGAAGAGUUUGAUGGACGUGGAAGGCUGUUUGCCAGACUGUCAGAGCUAUACUCAGUCAUGUAUGUCUUGACACAUGGCACCCUGGUCUGUACAUAGUGCCUGCUGCAGGAUUUAAGUGUCGUUAUGUAGCUUUGGUGGACAGUGAGUGAAGGGAAUGUCUUGUCUCUUUUAUACCUGUUGGUUUGUUUUUUAUUUUCAUUUUUCCCAAGCACACAAGAGUUUAGUUGAAAGCAGUGCAGUUCAGCCUGGACUGUGCACAGGGGACGAUGUUUAUUAGUUAGUGCCUAAAAGCUUAAAGGACUAACAGCUCUGCCUACACACAGGCCACAUAUAUUGUAGAUUAUUAAUUGGGGAUUGCAACACACGCCUGCCACUCUGGAUCAAGAAAACUUGUCCCUCGUGUCCGGUUGGAGUAAUACUCUCAAGCCAAAGUCAAUGCCUUCAGCGCUGGCCGUGUUCACCUGCCGACCCAACUCGCAUCCAUUCCAGGAGCGGCAUGUGUACCUGGAGGAGCCCGUCAAGAUCGGCAGGUCGGUGGCUCGGUGUCGUCCGGCCCAGAACAAUGCCACCUUCGACUGCAAGGUGCUGUCCAGGAAUCAUGCCCUUGUUUGGUUCGACCACAAGACCGGCAAGUUCUACCUGCAGGACACUAAAAGCAGCAACGGGACAUUCAUCAACAGCCAGAGGUUGAGUCGUGGCUCAGAAGAGAGUCCACCCUGCGAGGUCCUCUCUGGAGACAUCAUUCAGUUUGGUGUCGACGUCACUGAGAACACACGCAAAGUCACCCAUGGCUGCAUUGUGUCAACAAUCAAACUCUUCUUACCCGAUGGGAUGGAGGCACGCCGUCGAAGCGAUGUCAUCCAGGCUUCGUUACCACUACCUGUAGACAAGGUUGCAGCCAACACUCCCAGUAUGUAUUCUCAGGAACUGUUCCAGCUCUCCCAGUAUCUGCAGGAGGCCUUACACAGAGAGCAGAUGUUGGAGCAGAAGCUCGCCACUUUGCAGCGUCUGUUAGCCACAACUCAGGAGGCCUCAGAGAGCAGCUGGCAGGCACUGAUUGAUGAGGACCGUCUGCUCUCCAGACUGGAAGUGAUGGGCAGUCAGCUACAGGCUUACUCUAAGUCCCAGACGGAGGAGGGGAUCCGUAAGGAACUCUUGGCUCUUCAGGAAGACAAACACAACUACGAGACGACAGCGAAGGAGUCUCUGAGGAGAGUCCUGCAGGAGAAGAUUGAAGUUGUCAGGAAGCUGUCAGAGGUGGAGCGUUCACUCAGUAACACGGAGGAUGAGUGCACCCACCUGAAAGAAAUGUCUGAGAGGAGCCAGGAGGAGCUGAGGGAGCUCGCUAACAAGUACAACGCUGCCGUCAAUGAGAUCAAAGAGCUCACAGACAAAAUCAAGGCGGCGGAGGGACGGCAGGAGGAGCUGACCCAGCGGGGAGCAACGGAGAAGAGGGAGUUGGAGCUGCGGAUUGAGGAGAUGGAGGAGAAGGAGCAGGUUCUCCAGGCUCGCAUCGAGGCUCUGCAGGCUGAUAACGACUUCAGCAACGAGAGGCUCGCUGCUCUGCAGGUGCGGUUAGAACAGCUACAAGAGAAAAGCAUAAAAGAGAACAACAGCUUGGAUGUCGACAUUGUCUCCGACGGACCCGUAGAGGAGCCUGUGGAGGACAAACAGAGCAAGCAGAUACCUGAGAGCCACGAGGAAGACGAAGAUGAGGACGAUACAGACACUGAUGAUGGUGCUGUCGGUGAAGAUGAAGAUAUCGAUGACAACUGUCAUGUUAACAACAGCGGAGGAGACUCGACUAGAAUCCAACAGUUGAUUGAGUGUCCGCCCGUUAAACAGCUGAAAGAGACUGUAAGUUCUUCAAUUCACAAACUGGCCAACUUUGAUGAAGUGUUGGACGCCCACCUACAGAACAACCAGACAGCGGAGGACGACAUCCUUGCCAGCCCUGAUCGACUCAAAGGGAAUCAGAUGGAUGCCAAAGAGUCAGACAUGUCAGACACACUGAGUCCGAGCAAAGAUCGCAGUAGCGACGACACAUCAGACGGCAACAUGGACGACCAGGAGCUGAACGAACCACAAAACAGAGUAGCUCUGCUCAAAGCUGAAUUGCAUCGGGUUGGUCUAGAGCCUGGAGACACGGAGCAGGUCAUCCACCAUCUCCACAGAGAGCUUCUGGAGGCCCAGGAAUUAGCCAACACCGGCAAGCAGAAAUGUCAGGAGCUACAAGCUCUGUUGGAGGAGGAGAGGAGAAGUAACUCUCAGCAGACUGAAGAGUCGACCAAACAGAUCCAGUACCUGCAGACUCAGCUUGGGAAGCUGCAGGCCGACAUGGAGGCUUUGAGGGAGCAGAGGGAGAGCACCAUCUGCAUCACCAGAGACGAGCUUUACUCCGCCCAGGAGGAGAUCCUCGUUCUGCGACACGCCAUGGAGGCAGCCACGGCGGAGCGCGAGCGGGAAAUCACCACCCUGCAGGCUGACCUGGGCGGUGUGCGCGUCGAGCUGGAGCACUGGAGGAACACUGCCGCCAAGUAUGAGGAGGAGAUCAGUCGACUUCAGGAGGCCUUCACACAACAGCAGCAACAGCAGAACACCGCUAACCAGCUGCAGGGUGAGCUCACCAGGGAGCAGAGUCUGGUCCUCAGCAGCAGUCUGGAGUCUCUGGAGAAGAGGGAGGAGGUUCUGCAGGACAAACUGGGUUCUCUGGAGAACCAACACCUGCAGGACGCAGGCAGGCUGAAGAGCCAGCUGGACCAGGCCCAGGCCCGCACACACACACUGCAGAAGGAGUAUGAAGACACACAGUCGCAGCUGUUGGACCUCCGUCAGCGCUAUGAGCGAACAGAGCAGGAGAAGCUGAACAUCCACCAGGAGCUGGAGCAGUGCAGGAGCAGCCUGAAGCUACUGCAGGAUAAAACCAGCUCCAGCGGCUGGAGCCCCUGGAUGCCGGUCAUCGCAGUGAUGGUCGCCGUGACGGCAGCCGUCCUCUACCCCAACCUCUCCAAGAGCAGCUCCACUUAGGCCACAAGAACCCACAGACACACACAGGGCGCCGUGAGGAGAGCAUCACUGCUUUACUUGUAUAAAGUUUAAUUGUACAUAAUUGUAGAGGGAAUAUAAAGGUUGUGGUUUCUACAGAAGAUUCAGAAGCUUCUUGGUUUAUUAUUUUUUUUUGUUUGGGUUCUGUAUUUUUUCGUUUGUUCGUUUGUUUUUCUGCAAGCGGGAGUUUCGUUGUCGUUUUUAUUCUCGGCUCUCUCGGCUGUGGUGGGGGCUUUUAUUUUUGGUUUUUUUGUCUUUCUGCUGAUUUCUAGGUAACAAAUUCUCAAGCAGAUCUGAGCUUCCACACAAACAGCCUGAGGUGACGUUCACACACACACACACACACGCGCUCUCACCCGUCCCUUUGUAAACGGAACAGGGUGGAGGAACACUUUCCAGCAUCUCGGGGCGGUCGAGGGAACUCCAUCCACAUUUACCUGUGAAAGCUGAUGCGCGUGUGUUGAGAGGAACAUUUGCUUUCACCCGUGUGAAAACAUUUGAUUGGCUCUCAGCGAGAUACAGUCGCAUCACGUUUCCCUUGACUUAUAACCAACGACACAUUCAUCUCUGGGGUUCUUUUUUAACAGCCUCAAAUGUAGACGUCAAAAACUAGUUCUAAUAACUCACAGUUCAUCAUGUCGUCACAUGGUGCGUAUUCAUGAGAAAGUUGUUUUGUGUCAGAUGAUCACAGAACAACUGACAAGUGACAGAAUCAGGGGCAAGAAGCGAUCAGGGCUGUCACCUUUUUAUUCACAAUUCAAGAGUCAAUCUGUAAAUAUCUAUUUGUUGCUUCUCUUUCGCGAUUACACCAGAUUUUGCCGAAUGAAACAGAGUCUGAUGUUUCCAGAUUCACAAAGUCUAGUUUCAUCUAAACUUUAGUCCAAAACACAAAGAGGUUUAACUUACUGUCAUCAAGAUAAAGAAAAGCAGCAAAUCCUUUCACCCAGGACGUUAAUAUAAGAUAUCAAACUGAUUAUAGCUUCCAUUCACAGUCGUAUACAAAUUAUCUCGACAUUGAAACUCAUUCGAAAGAGAUGAGUCGUCGUCGUCAAACUUUCACCCGAGUCUGCUGGAAAGUGUUCGUCACGUCGAGCCGGUUUCAGGAAGUCCCGCUCUGUUCUGGUUUCAGUCGGCCAUGUUGGAGGUUUAAACGUGGCGUAUUCUGUUGUUUUCUCUUUUCUUUUUGUUUGUUUUGUUUUCGGGAGUUUUUGGGUUCGGGGCUUAAACUUGAAGCCACAUUAUUCAAAAUAAAAGUCAAACUGAUUUUCUUUGUUUUUAUUUGGCGACACAGUAAAAGAGGUCAAAGUGCCUCUGAUGUGAUUAACUAACACCACAGUUUGUGUAUGUGUGCGGACAAACACUACCACACACACACACACAGGCGCACACACACACACUUAGACACUCACAUAGCGUCUUUGACCGUCUGAGGUGUGUCUGUGUUGUUUGGAGAGAAGAUGGACACCAGAGCUUUCAGCUGCCACUCAGGACCUUCACAGUGAAACAUGAUAACUGGGCUCCGUCUAUGUGCUGGUGAAGCCCAUGAGGGUUGAAAGCUCAGGAAAUAGUUUGUAACCUUAAGUUAAAAUCAUCUGGAAACUUCGCUGGAUGAUUUUCUCAACAACUUAAAAUUUGCUUCCCUGAGGAUUAAUCCCAUUGACUUCACCAUGAUGCAUCGUGUUUGUCAAUCAUGGUGCUGCUCAAACAGCUCCAUCGAUGCCACAUUUGAAUCCUACCGCCGUUUUUUUCCUGGUGGUCAGUCAUCGUACUGCAGCACAGAGGUUUUGUGCCACGCAAAAAAUAAAUAUCAACAGAGUGGGCUGCACUCCACAAUUUAUUCUGUCAGCUGUCGAUCAGCGGGAAAACAUCUCAGGCAGGAAACGUGUGUCAUGUUUCCUCAUGCACACGCAAACCUGCAAAACCUUUGUUACACAGUGCAAACGGUGGCCAAAAACUGCAGGGUCCCUGAACGCAGCACGGAGUCCUGCUCAGACUGAAGUCCACCAGUGCAGAGCUGAGUGAUGAGAUAUCUGCGGACAGACAGUUAACGCCUCAUUCUCCUCUGAUCUGAGUUUUUAUAUUUACUAUUUGAACUUCAAAAGUUUUUUAACGGAACUUUGAAACCAAACCAAAUUCAUUGUUUUUCACAUCAGACCAGUUGAAUGUUUUGAUCCUCACUUCUCCGUCUUCUCUUCAAACACACACACUUCAGUCUGCUACUGAGAUCGUGUGUGUGUGUGUGUGUGUGUCUGUCCGAGUGAGUGAGUGUGUGUGUGUGUCGGUUCCCACUCUGGACUCUUGAGCAGUGUUUGUCAUCAUCUGUGUACUCUGUCUUGUCCCCGUGUUUUAAAAAAAGAUAAAUAAAUAAGAGAGAGAGAAAAGACAACGAACAAAUAUUCCUCAUGUUUAAAGAGAAGAACACUACAGAACAGUACAGAGAGAGAAUUGUAAAAUAAAAUGUUAUUGAAAUGACGUGCUACUAGACUUAUUUUGUUAAAAUUGUUUAGAGAUAUGAGAGGGAGCCGUGUAGAGGAUAUGAUUCAGAUGUGUUUAAUAUGCAGAGCGAUGUUUGGAUUAAAGUUGUAGCAAGCUGACCCACCAA